AUGCCGCCACCAAUCGUAUACUAUGAAGAUCCAUAUUGUGAUCGCUCUUAUUAUAACAAUCGUCGUCCAGGUUUUGAAAUUGAUAUUUUUCCCGGAGGCAUUGAAACGUUCUUUAAUCCAGCCCCACCACCGCCGCCGACUCGCACCACAGAGAUCAUAGUUAUGAAUUCGGGUAAUUCUCGCUAUCCGCCGCCGCCACCUCCACCGCCUCCGUAUAUGCCGCCACAAGCACAAUACUACAACAACAAUAAUGGCCGUUAUAAUAAUGGUGCUGGCGGUGCCUACGGUUAUCCGCGACACUACAAUAAUCCACCAAAUUCCGGUUGGUAG